CACACCACCAGGAACGCCUCCGAUAGCCGGCCCUGGAUGGUAUUUUCUCACAGGCAAUCGGUGCAAGCACAUUACUUGUAACCCAAGAAUGCCCAAAGGACUUAGGCUGACCAUGUCUGGCAAGAGUCUCUCCGUGUCCUCUUGCAUCCGAGCGGUGGGAUCUUAAAUGACGGAUACCUGGCGUGGGUUAUAACGCUUGGGAUAGGCCUCGAGUCUGGAGGGCAGCCGACCUGACGCUCUCGAAAUUGCAGCGUCGUGGUGGUUCUUUGGAUUGGUGAGCAGAGUAGCGACUUGGCACUAGGGUUCGGAAUCCUCCAACUUUUCUUGCUGUGGCGUUGCGUGAACUGUUGCAGCCCCUGCUCCAGAUGUAGUCAGGUGAAUCUGUUUCGCACCCAAAGCCAGAAUUGUGCAUCGCUGUUAACUUUCAGCUGGCAAUGUUCACCAGCCAGCUAGGUUGCAUUGUUCAAAUGACGAAGUUUUCUGGUGGUCCAUUCGGAAGAAGCUGCUUGUAGAGAGUUAAUGUGGACCACUUCACCUGCUCUCCGUACCCGACGUCCACCCGCUUUGGUGGUGCAGCCAAAUACCUUUAAUGGCAGCUACGUGAACGUGAUCAUCAUUUAACCCAUUAAACCGCGAAACUGAGUAUGUGAAGUAUUUCGGCGGUGUUACGGUUGUAGGCGUUGCGUAAGUGACAUUAGGACUUAGUUUGAGAGCGUGAACUACUAUUGAUGGCGUCAACAAGCCAUUGGUUGGUUCUGGUAGCCUCAAUAUGGCUGCAGGCGUGCUCUGGUACUGGGUAUUUAUUUGGAAGCAUUUCACCGGUGAUUAAAACCACUUUAGACUUCAAUCAGAAGCAACUUAACCGACUGGGGGUUGCUAAGGACAUCGGGGAUAGUGGUGGCCUUCUGGCAGGUUUCUUGUGCGAUUGGCUGCCUCCAUGGGGCCUCAUUUUGGUGGGUACGCUACAGAAUUUAAUCGGCUAUGGUUGGCUUUGGCUGAUUGUAAUCGGUCGAGUCCCACAACCUCCCUUCAUCGUGGUCUGCUUACUGAUAUGUGUUGGAACGAAUGGAGAGACCUUCUUCAACACAGCAGCUCUGGUGUCAUCUGUUCGCACCUUCUCGACUUACAGGGGUCCCGUUGUGGGAAUUUUGAAAGGAUUUGCUGGUCUGGGUGGCGCUAUUUUCACAUGCGUAUACACAGCUCUGUAUGCUCCCGACCAAGCGUCUUUCAUUUUAUUAUUAGUUAUAGGUCCGACGCUAGUUGCAAUCUUGUCCAUGCUUGUGAUCCGCCCAAUUCCCUACGUAGCAGAGGAUAGUGCUAUUCAAGACAAGAAGUUCAAAUUCCUAUACGGCAUCUGUAUGAUACUGGCCAUAUAUCUGCUGUCUAUCAUCAUCGUACAGGAUAGCUCUGUAAAAAGUACAAAUUUGGAUCGUGUUUUUGCAAUCGGAUUGUUCACGAUCCUUGCGUUGCCGUUAGUCCUCGUUAUCCCUACUACCCUCGGCAAAGACUUAUCUGAUCCCGACUCGAAUUUCCAAGACCAAGUCAGCCAACUGAGAGCUCCUCUUCUUGAGGAUGUGGAGAUUGAAGCUGCAGCUGGUAGUAAAAAUGAUGCCACAACUGGAAGCAGUGGCAGUGGGAAGAUUCCAGGACAAAGUGUAGAUGCCCAGCCUUCUCAUUUCAAAGACCAAGAUUCCCUCCUCUUUAGUGAACUGGAAGACGAAAAGGAAACAUGGCCGGAGACUGUCAGGCGUGAUCGGCUGCGCCGUGCUAGCUCCCGUUUGUAUCGUGCUGUAGCUGAAGGGGCCGUCAAGCUGAAGCGGAAACGGAAGGGACCUCAUAGAGGCGAAGACUUCACAUUGCGGCAGGCAUUGGUGAAGGCAGAUUUCUGGUUGCUAUUCUUCGGGCUUUGGUGUGGUGCUGGGUCAGGUUUGAUGGUGAUUGAUAAUUUGGGGCAAAUCUCCCAGUCUCUGGGGUACAAAGACCCUCAUAUCUUUGUUGCCCUGAUUAGCAUUUGGAACUUCCUCGGUCGCCUUGGUGCUGGUUACGUCUCUGAAGUGAUUGCCAGAGAGCAUGCGUUGCCGAGACCAAUUCUGCUGGCUGCAGCGCAAGCAGUGAUGGCUAUAGGUCACGCCUCACUGGCUGUGGGCAUCCCAGGAGCGUUGUAUGCCGGUUCAUUGCUAGUGGGGAUGGGUUAUGGCGCUCACUGGGCCGUUGCCCCUGCCACUGCUUCAGAGCUCUUUGGGUUGAAGAGUUUCGGCCUGCUGUACAAUUUUCUCUCCAUGGCUAUGCCAGCAGGUUCUCUUGUGUUUUCAGGGCUUAUUGCUGGGACUCUUUACGAUCGGGAGGCCCAGAAGCAGGAAGGUGGUAUUGCUCCACCAGAGGUGGAUGCUUUAAGAUGCGAAGGAGCUGUGUGUUUUCGGAUGUCUCUCCUUAUAAUGACUGGAGUGUGCUUGGUUGGUGUAAUUCUCAACGUCAUCCUUAUCUCGCGUACACAGCGCGUGUACACAACAUUGUAUGGAAAGCAGCGUGAUGAGGCAGCAGAUAAUAAACCUCGGACCAAAAUUACCACUAUUGAGGAAUAGAUUGUACGAUUAUAGGUUAUUAGUAAUUGUUGCUUAGUUCUAGUAAACAACGCUCCCGUCUAUUUCUAUUGCAGGUGACAGUUUCACUUGCAUUUAGCAAUCUCCUAGUUAGAAUUGUUGUGUCGGAAAUCUGACAAUUAUUUUCGUAAUCAGAUGCUACAUUAUAGCAUUACCUUCGAGUAGAGUCGACUUGACAUGUUUACAUAGUUGCAAACCGAGAUAAUUUAUGUGGUUUACAUAUUCCAGUAAUUUCUUUUGCUGCAA